AUGAGAGGCCCAUUGUCCGCCGUCAAGAGCGCUGUCAAGAGCGCGGCUGGAUCCCCAACGGGAGGCCCAUCGUCAAGAAGAACGCGGCUCCCCAAUGGGAAGCCCGUCGUCAAAAAGAGUGCUGCUCCCCAAUGGGAAGCCCGCCGUCAAGAGCACCGUCAAGAGUGUCCCCCCAAUGGACAGUCCACCGUCAAGGUCGCAGGUCGUUUCAUCCUGGGAGUUGGUCCGUUCCCAUCGCGCUGCCCACAACCUCAGGCAGCUGGCGUUGCCUUUCCGAUCGCCAACCCCAACGUCCCCCCUCAUGUUGGACUGGAGCCUGUCAAGGGGGCGCUGCAAAGCUGCAUGGCGCGCCUCCGACCAGGGUGUGCGGCUCACCAUCGCAAAGGCGCACCUGGCAGCACCUGCUAUCAAGAGCCUUCCGUAACCGACAAUGCCUCUACGCUCACUUGGAAAGCUGUCUCUUCUUCAACUCCUCCCCCGCCAUGGCUUCUGUGA